AUGGGUUCCAGUAGCAAAUCCAAGUACAAGGAAAAGGACUCAUCAUCAUCACGGCCAUCGAAACGGCGUCAUGCUAGCCCCAACGAUGAAGAGCACGAAAGUCACCGCGAAAAAAGGCACAAACACAAGCACAGGCAUCACAGAGACAAAAGACGCGAGAGGACCAGCAAACCGGACUAUAACAGCGACGAUUCUGAUGUCGUGGAAGUCGUACCUACUACAGAGCCCGUUCAAAAUGAACCGGGAGAAUCUUCUGGCCAAGGUUCAGAAAGCCUGUCCAUUGAAGAAACCAAUAAACUCAGAGCCAAACUGGGCCUUAAACCUUUGGAAGUGAGUUCUUCAGACUCGAAUGUCAAAAGUGACGGUAAAAAGAAAGACGACCUGGGCGAAUUCUACCACAAACCGGCGGAAAAUCUUGCUGAAAAAGCCAAGAGAGAAAAAAUCCGAACCAAACUAUCCGAACAUAGAGAAAAGAGACAUUUACAAACAAAAUACAGCAAGGUAAAGGCGUUGGGUGAAGGUAGCGAUAGUGACGACGAUGUCAGCAAUUGGGUUCAUAAAAACAGGAAAAUCGAUCAUGCCAAGAAGGAGGCAGAAAAAAGGGCUAAGAUGCUGGAAGAGUUAGAUGCACAGUUUGGUAUUGGCGAGGUUAUAGAACAAGAACAACGUGAGAGAAAACGUAAACAAUAUUCAGAAAAGGACUUAAAAGGUUUGCUGAUUGAGCAUGAUGUCGAUACCUUUGCCGAAGAGAAAGAUAUUAUACUGACUCUGAAGGAUAAAGCAGUGCUAGAUGAAGAGGAUGACGACGUUUUGGUCAAUGUUAAUAUGAUUGACAAUGAAAAAUACAAAAAGAACAUAGAAAAUAAAACUAAAAAAAUCCAUUACAAUGCCUAUGAAGAUCAGGAAUUUGAUGAGUUUGGGAAUCCAAAAGAGAAAUCUUUAUUAUCAAAAUACGAUGAAGAAAUAUCCGGUCAAAAACGGGACGGUUUCAGAAUUGGAUACGAUAAUGCAGUUGAAAGAAAACAAGCAAUUGCACAGUCGGUGAAAGAAAAAUUGGCCAAGAAGAAACUGGAGACUAUAGCUGAAAAGAAUCUGACGCUUGCAUCGGAAUAUUUCAAUGAAGAAGAAUUAGCCAAGUUCAAAAAACCUAAAAAAAAAGUGAGAAAGAUAAGGAGUAAGGGAAAGUUAACUGCUGAUGACUUGUUGCUUCAUUCGCAAAAAUUGAAAUCGGAAGAAAAACCAGAUUUCAGUAUUGAUGAUGUCCCUAAUGUGGAAAUACCGACAGACAUAAAAUUAGAAGACGAUAAAGAUGAUUUGCUGGAGCUGGCGUUGCACAAAGCCAGAAAAAUUAAGCAGAAAGAGAACCUUAUAGCUGAUAUUAUCAAGCUGGAAGUGAAGGAAGAGCCUCACGAUGAUAACGCGGAGUCUGGAUACAUAACCUUAAAUUCCACGGCCGAGUUCUGCAGAACUCUUGGUGAUAUACCAACUUAUGGAAAAUCUGGCAACAGAGAUGAGGAUGAGGAUAUGAUAGAUUUUGAAAAAGAAGCAAUGGAGGAUGACGAAAAGAGCGACGAUGAUUGUAAAAUUAUAGAAAGUUCUGGUUGGAAUACAGUUGAUCCCAAAAAUGAGGGCAUCGAUCUUAGUAGGAUAGCUCCGCAGGAGGUGCAAAUCUUGGAUGAAGAACCCGAUGUCAGCACCGGCGUGGGCGCAGCACUAAAACUGGCCAUGAGCAAGGGCUACCUGGACAAGGAACAAGACAGCCGUCCCAGCAACUCCAGACUGGCCCAUCUCCAGGCACAGCACUACUCCAUCGAGGACAAGAACUACACGGAAGAGAACGAACGAGGCGGCGGGGGCGGAGGCCGAGGCAGGGAGCGCUACUCGGGCCCCAUUCAGGACUUCAGGGAAAAGGACGGUUUUAAACCCAACGUAAAGCUCGAAUAUAUCGAUGACGAUGGCCAUAUACUGAAUUCCAAAGAGGCUUUUCGGUACUUGUCUCAUAAGUUCCAUGGUAAAGGUCCGGGGAAGAAUAAGGUAGAGAAAAGGAUUAAGAAGGGCGUGCAGGAACAGUUGAUGAAGAAGAUGAGCUCGACGGAUACGCCAUUGGGUACGUUGAACAUGCUGCAGGCGAAGCAGAAGGAGACCCAGUCUGCGUUCGUGGUGCUGUCGGGCAGCAAGCAGCAGCAGGCCACCUCCAUCUCUAAAACUAGGCGUUAGGUGUUUUAUUUUUAACGUUUUUUUUUGUCCUGUAUA